CCGGCUGGCGAGGCCCCCAGUUCCUCGCACUCGCAGGGAGCAGCCCGUCGGCGCGGCAUGGAGGGCGGCUCGGCGGGCGGCGGCGGCGGCCUGCCCAGCCCGCAGGACUCCCCCUUCGGCUGCCCCAUCUGCCUGGACGCCCUGAAGGACCCGGUCACCAUCCCCUGCGGCCACAACUUCUGCCUGAGCUGCCUGGGGGCGCACAGGCACCGCCCGGGGCUCGGGGCGGGCGGCGGCCAGGGCGCCCCCCGCUGCCCGCUGUGCCAGGAGCCCUUCCCGGCCGACCUCCAGCUCCGCAAGAACCACACGCUGUGCGAGCUGCUCCAGCUCCGCCAGCCGCCGCCCGGCGCCCGCAGCCCCGUGGCCCCGCCGGCGCCCCCGGGGGAGGAGGCGGCCCCCGGCCCGCCGGAGCCCUGCGGCGCCCCCCAGCGGCAGGAGCCGGAGGAGGAGCGGGUGCUGUGCGACGUCUGCCCCGAGGGCGGGCGGGCCGCGGCGGCCCAGUCCUGCCUGGUGUGCCUGGCCUCCUUCUGCCCGCCCCACCUGCAGCCCCACCUGCGGAGCCCGGCCUUCCAGGGCCACCGCCUGGUGCCCCCGCUGCGCCGCAUCGAGGACAGCCUGUGCAAGCUGCACCUGCGGCCGCUGGAGAGCUUCUGCCGCACGGACCAGGCCUGCAUCUGCCAGCUGUGCCAGGGCCAGGAGCACCGGAGCCACGAGGUGGUGGCGGUGGAGGUGGAGCGGGAGCACAAGGAGGCCCAGCGACCCAAGAUCCUGAGCUGCGUGGAGAACCAGCUGGAUGAGCUGGGAGUCACCGUCGCGCAGACCAGAAAGACCGUGGAGCUCAUCAGAAGCGCUGCCCUGAAGGAGAAGGAAAAUGUCAGCAGGCUCUUCAAUGAAGCAUCCAGAGCUCUGAUGACCUUCCAGAAAGAGGUGACUGGCUUCAUCGAGGAUGGCGAGCGAUCCAUGCUGAUUGAGGCUGAAGAGGAUCUCCGGCAGAAGGAGGAGAGGCGUGCCAAGCUGGCUCAGUGCAGGCAGAACCUGGAGAGGGUUCCGAGCACGGAUACCAUUUACUUCCUACAGGAGUUCCAGGCAUUAAAAAUAGCAGCUGAGGAAAAGAGUUCCCUGUGUCCAAGCUUCCAGAAGGAACUGAGCUUCACCAAGUCUAGCCAGGCUGUGUGUGCCAUGAAGGAGCUGCUGGUGACUGCAUGCAAGAACCAGUGGGACCAAUUGCUGGGGAAGGGGUAUGAAGAGUCUUGUUUCCAUGGGAUGCAAGAAGUCGCUGAGCUCCAACCUUCGGACAAAUCAAACAGUCCAGCCUGCUUGGAGACAAGAGACUAUUUCCUGAAAUUUGCCUUCAUCAUCGAUUUGGACAGCGACACCGCGGACAAGUUCCUCCAGCUGUUUGGAACCAAAGGGGCCAAACGUGUAUUGAACCCCAUCGGCUACCCCGAGAGCCCAACCAGGUUCAUCAACUGUGAGCAGGUGCUGGGCGAGAACCUGAUGAACCGAGGCAACUACUACUGGGAGGUGGAAAUCAUCGACGGCUGGGUGAGCAUCGGCGUCAUCGCCGAGGACUUCAACCCGCGGGAGUCCUAUGACAGAGGCCGCCUGGGGAGGAACGAGAAAUCCUGCUGCCUGCAGUGGAAUGGACAGAACUAUGUGGCCUGGUUUGGUGGCUUCGAAUCUGUUAUCCAACAGCCCUUCUUUCACACGAUCGGGGUGUACCUGGAGUAUUCGGAAAAGGCACUGACCUUCUAUGGGGUUAGGGACUCCAAGAUGACGUGUCUCCAACAGCUCAAGGUUGCCCGCUUCAAAAAAGGCCACUUUGACCCCUUCCAGAAUAAGAUCAACCACCAGUUCCCAUCGCUGUUUGCAUAUAACCUCAAACCAGGCUUUUUCCUUGAAAGCGUAGAUGCCCAUAUGCAGAUUGGGCCGUUGAAGAAAGAUUGUGUUUCAGUGUUAAAGCGGAGGUAACUUGCAGAGAAGACUCAGGAGUCUCUCUUGUAAUUGUUUACCAGCACCAUGGCUUAUAUAGUCUUCUCUCUGGAAUAGCCCUGCCAACCCACUCUAGCCCUGUGCUGUUUGUAACCCAGGGGUUAACAAACAGAAGUCGCCUCUUAGUGGAUAGAGACCUGGACUGGGACUCAGGAGACCUGGGUUCUGUUUCUGGCUCUGCCAUUGCGUGACUGUGGGUAAGUCAUGUCACCGUUCUGUGCCUCAGUUUUCCCCUCUGUAAAAUGGGAGUAAUUAUAUUAACCUGCUUUGUAGAGUGCUUUGAGAUCUACUGAGGAAAAGCAAUAGAUAAGAGCUAGCUAUUAUUAUUAUCUUUAAAAAACGGGCAUUUUAUGAUGGCCUAUCCCUGCCAGCCCUCCGUUCCUAACCAAGAGGAUAUAAUCUUAGUGACCACUCUGAUCGUGUGAUUCCACAGUUACUCUGCUCUGUGCCUUAGUCCACACUGUAAAUGCGGGAUGGUCAUUUAAUACGUGUUAGCUCCCCUACGCCUUCAAAAUCUGCUUUCUGGGCGAACGCCUCCUAGACAAUGCUUUAAAAACAGCAGGUACAGCAUGGGCUGCACAAAUACAAUGCUCUACACAGCAACAGUGCAUGCUUCCGCAGCACUGCACCACCAGCGUGCCUCAACCUUAUUCUGGAGGGACCAUAUUUAAGAGUGAGAGUGCCCUCACCUGUCCCCCCAAGCCAUACAUGUGUUGCUCAUAAAGACACCUCAUGUCCCAAAGCAGGGAGGUGAUAGACCAACACCGAUGAGAUCACACCUAGAAUGCUCAACUGAGUCCAACACACCUCCACACCAGAAAGAGGGAGACCGGAAUUCAGGGAAAACCAGCAAGAAUAACUAAGGGUGUGGGAGGACUGGGCUGGUUGAGGAAAGAUUAAAAGAAGUCCUGGAUUGGCUGCAGGAUGACGAUGGGGCAUGACUCCGAUGCACAAGGAUGUAACCUCAUUUUAGUAAGAAUUGUUAGGGGUGAUAAGGAGGGCUGUAACUAGGAGGAAAGGGAUGAAAUUAAGGAUAAUGAAAGCUGAUUAUCAGGGAAACUUCGUAAUAGCGAGAUCUUUUCUUUUGUGGAAUAGUCUCCCAAGGGAAAUGGUGGAAGGCCCCAUCAGCUGAAUUAUUUAAAAGUGGUUUGGAUAAAAGACUUAAAAAUAUACUAUGUAGAACAAUCUCACAUUAGUCAGGAGAUGGAGGAGGUGAACGAAUGUCGUAGAACUUAUCCCUCUCUAGCUUCUGAGAGAGGUUCAUUCAAUUCUUGGCUUCUUCAGUGGGACUGCCAACUCGUCUAGCCCCCAUUGCGAUGUCACUCGUCCACUAAAACUGGUCUGGGACUACCAAGCUCAUUUUCACAUAGUCCACCAAAUAACCAUCCAGAUGGUAACAGCUUUCAAUAUGGGAUGGAUUUGAACUGGUGACACAGAGAUGAAAUAUCCCAAAUCUCAUUGCCAAUCCCCUGAACAAAGUGAUGUUAUAUGUAAAGGGAAACGAAUGACGUCUGUGAUGUUCAUGCAAACCAUCUAUAUAUGCAUCAUGAACAUCAUCUUCUGCAGAUACUUUGAAUGUUGGUCUGUUGCAUUUGGGAAAGAAAAAUAUUCCUGUGGGCAUUAUGAGGCCAGUCCUGAACGCCUUACUUAGGCUAAAGUCCAAUUGACUUACACUGGAGCAGCUCUGGGCCCUCAAUCUGCUUCCCAGUACUAUAAAAUAUCCCAGCCAGUGGGAUGAAAUAGCUGCUAGUGAGAGACUCCAGCACCAUUCACUGGCUGGAGAUCCUGAAAUAGCAGUAGUGGUAUUUAUGAAAAUUCACUUUUAACAGAUAGUUUCCUAUCCAGGAACUAUUAUUUAGUUAAUUAAGGCGUCGCUGCAGGAUUCCUUUUCUGUUAUAAUCACAUCCCUACUUUCUUGAGAACUUUAAUAGCAAUAAAAUCCCAAACUCCUAAAAGACUCCAGUUAGUGCAGUUCCUUUUUAGUUAUUAAUGUACCCCAGUGUAGUUUAUAAAGGGUUUUAAAUGAUUAAUAGAUGUGAUAAGUUGUUACAGAUAUAAAUAGCAUGUGUUAUAGAAGAUGGUUAUCAGCACCUUAGUAGAAGCUGUUCUAGGUGGUUGUAAGUCCUGGUUAAAAACAACCUACUGACCUGUUGGAUUCUGACAAUCUGUAACCUUUCAUUAACUAUAUAUUAAAACAUCUGUUAAUUAUGUAUUAACCAUUUAUAAAUGUAUCCUUAAUAUAAAGGAUGGUGAAGAAUCCCUUCUGAAAAAGGUGGAAAGGAAAAGAGAACUUUCAAGAGCACAUUUCUCAAGCCACCUUCUCAAAUAUACCCUGGAGAUAUAUAAUAGCUGGAAUGAAUUACUGUCACAUCUAUGCACUGCAGUAACUUCAUCUCCUACAUGUCUCAGUGUUAUAUGCAUUGCUGUGAGUUCAUUUUCUCUGAUAUUAGUUUAUCACCUACCUCCUAGAGCUUGCAUUAUAAAAAAAAAAAAAAAAAAAAAGAAAUCUAGUGUACUGUAUAUAUGUAGAGAGAAAGUAAUUGGGUCAAAUUCACCACAGAUGUAACCCGCUUCCAGUAGGGAUGAAUUUGGCCCAUCAACUGCUAAGAUGGAGUUAAGGCUGUAAAUACAUAGAAAUAUAUUCAAGGAAAAAACCUUAAUAAAAUGCUGUAAUUAAAAAAGAAGUCCAAAGGCCAGGAAAUUCACAGUUAAAAUUACAGGUACAUCUCCCAACAUGGAGGCCUGGUGAAAUGCACCCACUCGCCUUCUGAAAAUAGUCAAAGGCUCCAGUCCUCUGAAGGCCAACAGCUUCAGAAGACCUGGGUUCUGUUCCCAGAACUGCCAGAAGCCUGCUGGAUGACAUUGGGCAAGUCACUUCCCAGGUCUGUGCUGCAGCUUCCCCAUCUGUAAAAUGGGCAUAAUGAUCCUUACCUCCUUUGUAAAAUACUUUUGAGAUCUACUGAUGAAAAGUGCUAGAUAUAGAUAUAUAUUGAUAUAUAUAUAUAUAUAUAAGAGCUAGGAAUUAUUAUUAUAUGGUGAUUUUUGAAAUAUUAUGAGCUAUUAAAAAAAAGAUUAGCAAAUUCUUCAAGAAGUGCAAACACCUUGGAUGAAAUCUUGACCCUGUUUAAGUCUAUAGGAAUUUUGCUAUUGAUUUCAAUGGGGACAAGAGUUCACUUCUUAUGUUUUUAACUCUUAUUUCUGAAACACUGUGUCUUUUUUGUGUCUGACUUUGCAUAAAAUCUCUAAUGUAGCAUGAGACGAUAUUUGUGCCCUUUCAUGUGGAUUGCUUUAGUUUUGGCGAAGCUGGAGGGUUGGAAAUGGCUAUAUAAGCAAAAAGCUAGAUUCAGCCUUCACAACAGAGAAGCUAUCCAUAAUGCAGUGAGAGGAGAAAAUAAGAUAUUAAUCUCUGUACUUCUGCUUAAUAUGUGCAGUAAGGGCUCUAGGACACUUGCUUAAGUCUUUAUCGGCUAAUAUAGCGCUCUCUCAUGGGCCAAAUUCUGACCAUGCUACUCAAGCAAAGCUCCCAUUAGCUUCAACAGGAGUUUUGCCUGAGUGUGGGCUACAGGAGUGGGCCCCUGGUUCCAUUUGUGUAUCAAAGAAGAUGACUUAAUUCCUUAUUAGAAUGAAUGUGUCUUUGGCAGAGGGUCUGUUAUGCAAAGGUGGGCAUUCCCCAUUUUCCCAGUUGCCCGUAGCAAAGGUGUAUGUCACACACCCUGUCUGUGGUACUCAUUCAGGAGAUUAAUCAAUUAGGGUGAUCCUAAACUUUCCCCUGUGUAUCUGCACAACUUUUUUCCCAUCCUGGGCUUCAGCGGUGAAGGCAGUGGCAGUACUCAGGAGGCAAUGAUGUCUAGCAGUUAGAGCAGGGCAUUAUGAGUUGGGAGAAUUGGAUUCUGUUCCUAGUUCUUCCACUGACUUGCUAAGUGACCCUGGGUGAAUCACUUAACCAUUCUGUGCCUCUUUUUCCCAUUCUGUGAAAUGGGGAUACUAAUACCUGGCUUUAGAAAGGGCUUUGAGAACCACUGUUGAAAGGUGCUAUAUAAAAGGGAAGCAUUAUUAUAUUACCCUCCCCGUGGAUGGAAGAAAAUGCUGAUGUAAGACUUCAGAACCACUCCAUAAGCAGCCACAAGGGCAGUGCAGAAAUGCAAUGCAUGGCAGGAAGCUAUUGACAUGGGCCCUUCUCAGCCCUGUGAUAAGCAGUUGCAACUUCCAUUGUGGCUGGUAUACCUGCUUACCUCCAUGCCUGAACUUGGCCUAUUCUUGGCAGGCCAAGAAUUCUAUGGCAGGUUGGAGAGGAUGAGUUCCAAGGUCAACUAUGAAACCAGUGCCCUGCCCAACAGUGAAUAACACUAUCCACUAGGCCCCACAAAUAAUUGGUAUGUCCAUGAAAUGAAACAGUAGGAUUUUUACAGAGAACCUGCUAUAAAUGCUCUUCCACAUUUGCCUGCAAUAACUGGUGAAAGUAGCUUUAAUAAAAGACAGCCGUUGAGCUGAUUCAUUUUAUCACAGCUAUACAAUUUGCUGCAUUUUAAGAUGAAUAUCCCCUGCCUAUUCUUUCAGUCCAUCUGGAAGAAAGAUAAACCCUCAUGUUUCAGGGCACAAACCAAACUCUAACUAUCAGGGAUAGGAAGAAAGUUCACCCUGUCGGCAGUUUAUUCAAUAACUUCCCUCUUCAAGAUUCCUCUGGUGCAUCUGAUAGUAUUUGGAGACAGGGUACUGGAUUAGAUGGACCACUGGCCUGAUCCAGGAUUAAAAUCCCUAUGUUCCUAACAUGCAUGGGGUGUAAACUGGAAUGAUCAGGAAAUUCACACUGAACCAAGCCUGGAUCUAUCCUCUGUUUUUCCAAAAGCAACAGGAUAAAUCCAAUAAGUGGCUGUUAAAACAGCAUUGUGCAAUUCUGAGUGUCUUGUUUUUUCUUGAGCAAUUUUCACCUCACAUAGCGAUCUUCUUUUUAUUUAGGAUUUUUUUAGGUAUACAAUUACUGUAUUAAAGUGUGUGAGGAAACUGUAACAAUAAUAUAAUGCUAUUAAAGAAUGUUAACUACCAUUAAACAGUGUACAAACAUCA